AUGAUUUUUGCCUACCUGGGUGACAUCCACGCGAGCCGACACCAAACGGCGGGCAGGAAGACGGACCUGGACGAGGCAGUAUCAGCUACUCGGCUGGCGAUUAGCAUCAGCACAGCUGACAAUCCCAUGUCCACGACUCUGCUGAAUAACCUGGGUAAUCUGCUGUUGCGACGGUAUAAUAAUCACACCAGUCACGAGGAUGACCUGCACCAAGCACUCGAGUAUGUGUUGCGGCCAGGGGAUUUUCUCCAAAGGAAAAGAGAGCAGAAGCAUGCCCCGAGCGUGUUGGCCACUCUUGGAGCCAUCCGCGCAUGCCUAUAUGAUCGUAUGGGGGAUGUCCGGGACCUGGAAGAAGCUAUAUUGAAGACUCGGGACUCGAUCCGGCUCGCAGCUGACUCUGCUAUAACCACUCGCGGUACCCUGUUCAACAAUUUGGGUUCGUUGCUGUGCAGGAGAUACCAGCUCACGGGCAAAGGAGAGGACCAAGAUGAGUCUAUUGUGUCUUUUGUCCGGGCACUUGAAUGUUUCCCGGAGGACACGAGAGAGAUGGUGACUUGUCUGAUCAAUUCCAGCCUGGUUCUGACCCAGCGAUAUGGCCGGACGGGACAGUUAGAUGAUUUGGGUAGCGCGUUGCACUAUACAUAG